CUCACUUCAACACCACAUUGUCGAGAGAUGGUAGAGAUAUUCAGUGUCUCCGUGGACGGCGUCGGCGUCGGCGUCGGCGGACACAGGAAUUCCAUGGGGCUUGAGAAGAGGCGGAGCAUCCUGGCAGAGAGAGACAAGAGAGUGAUAGGUGUGCGCCUGGGGGGUUGCAAGAUGAACCUGUGGCUACGGCUGCGCUGGUGAAAGGUAAAUGAGAAUAUGAAAAGACCUGCUGCUAAGGAGAGACAUGAGGCUGCGGUACCACCAGGCCAGAGAAAUGGCGACGAGGUGCUCCUUCCUGCCACCGCCUCUUCUCCCCUGCGCUUCAACCCUUCACUCCCUCAUCUCCCUCCGCUCCCUCCAUUCACUUCUCACACCUACUGUCCUGUCUGUUGUUGUUCGAAUGUGAUGCAUCCAAGCGCAUUCAAUUGCCUGCCAUUCCUGCCGCCAUGCCUCUCCUGCGCAGGAACAUCCUCGGUCCUGAGAAACGCAAUCCAUGCACCCACAUGACCAUGACCCGCCUCUAUGAUCCCUAUGGCUCCUUCAAAUGCUCGUUAUGCCAGAAACACCCCAACAUCGGCUGGCUCUAUCGCUGCACCCAAGACACUGGCGGUUUCUUGCCCGAGUCCGAUUUCACAGACGAGCCAGUCCUACCACGAGGUCGGGCGCCCUGUCAGCAUGUCGCUACUCAUUCUCUCAGCACUUCAAUCAUCAGGGCCAUUGGACAAGGCCAAUAUACUGGGCAAGAGGUCAGGAAGCUGAUUGAGCAGAAGGAAAGGGUAAAGGAUCUUGUCCUCCCUCAGUUCGAGCCAGAUGAGAGCAGACCUGCGACGGCCUCCACUUUCACCACUGCUUCUACCGCUUCCAGCGACGGUCACGGAACUUUGUCCACUUUACCCCAGAGCACCACUUUCUCUACCAACUCCUCCGCCGAGUUCGACGAAGAGAUAAAGGCGGCCUAUGAUUGGAAAGAGUUGCAGAAGGUCUGGAUGUCUGAGCCGUCCGUCCCUCCUCCCGCUCCUCGACAGAAGCCGUCUACCCCAGCAAACCUCAUCCCACAGCAUCCCAGACCACCGUACGUCCACCCUUGUACCUUCAAAAUCUGCCCUACAUGUCGGCCAACAUACCGCGAGCGCGCGUAUCAGUCUCUCAACGAAGUCCUGAAUACCCCAACUGAACUCCCACCUGUCUGGGAGUUACAAAAUCGCAGAGUGUCUGAUGCCCGUGUCGUGGCACGAAUCGGCUUACCCAAGCUCUCUCAGUCGCGUUUCUAUGCUCAGACCGACCCUACUAUCCUGCAGUCCUUUCACAGCGUCCCUGACAUCGUCAUUGACCACCCAGGAGCCGAGGUAUAUCAAAAUGUAAGAGAAUCGUACCUUGUGAGAGAUAACACGGCAACACACGGGCACCAUGGGUACAUUUGCGCCUCAACCAGCACACGCAGCGGCUUCCGACAAACUGUCCGCAAAGCCCUCGCUAGAGCCCGCUUCGAAGAUUCUGCUUCCACAAAUUCGAGCACCAACAAUUCCGAGUCGGGCGAGUCCCAGGUCCAGCCCUCACGUUCGCUGAUUUUCCGCCGCCGCCGAUCCCGAACGCCCAUAUUGUCCUUCGCCGAAACACAUGGCGGCCGGGUCGUGGAUACCAGUUCGCUCCAGGAUUCCGUCAUCUUGAUGUUGGCCACGAACACACCCUUACCUCACACGCCGACCGUGGCUGGCUUUCAGCGUGGUCCGGCAAUCAGAAACCCUCGAGGCUCAAGACCUGCCGACGACCGUGAGAAUUGUGCACAGAGUGUGGACAUCAUCAGCCAGAGUUGAUGCAUCGUAUGUCUAGCGAGGCUUAGCAUCGCGAAGCCAUGCGAAGAAUGAGCAUCCAUCCUACAAUGUUCAGAGUUCAAACUAGCUUUUAAGUACCGGUGGGGGUCGCGAACGGUGAGACGUAAAGACUACGACUAUGCCUAUCAUGUAUUUCGAAAGGCAGGGGCAGGGGCUGGGAGUUAAUGGUGAGACAAUGAUUCUAGCGAAGCAGAUGAUAAGAUCUG